AUGCUCUUUGCACUUGAUAGCGAUCCCGCAAGGUCUCCCUAUGACAAUCUCUCGGACUUGUGCACGAUGCUCAUCAUCGCGGAGGAAGGGCCGGAUUUCUCGCUGCUCCCUCUGUUCCACACUAUCAACGAGACUCUGAAGAAGGGAGGAAAGGACGGAGAUGUGGUGGUUAUGGCUACCCGCGCACUAGCUCUCAUCCUCGACAAGUUCUCACGGUGCAUCUCCCAACUUUGUAAGGCUAACACACCAAAUGCUGUGAGGAAAUGCUUCGAAAAUGUAUUCGCGAUGGUAAAGAAACGUCAAGUAACUUUGAAGCAGGAGAAAACUACGAUGAAGGAACUGAAAGAGGAACUCCUCAAUUGUCUUUCCCUCGCGGGUAACUGCGCUGAGAUUGCUGGAGUCGUGCCCUCCACUGAGGAGCAGCUUGGAUUUUGCCUUAGUGCUCUGGACGACACUAAGUGGACUUCCUGCAAGGUGCUGCGACACUGCAUUGGUUUGAUGCGUCGCGGAGAGUUGAAGAAUGCGGGUGAUUUCCAGGCUGUAGAACACCUGAUGCAUCAUAACCUAACGGCGCUGUGUCACCUCGAUAUUGACCAUGAAUGGGACGAGUUGCUUCGCACUGCUGUGGAGGGAAUGCUUACGUACCGUGUGUGGUGUGCUGCUUGUGUUCCACAGGAAUCUCAGGAGAUGGGAAGAAAGCGGAAACGAUCGUCAAAAACUGAUGCGGCGACGAGUACUACCACUACCUCCCCAAGUGCAUCUUCCAACGGUGUGUCGCGCAAAAACUUGGCGGAGGCUUUGCUUGAAAUCGGCGAACGCAUCGCCUCCAGUGGAACGGCGGAGUCUCGUGUGCAACUGACACUGGCUUGUCUUGCAAGUGUGCUAGAGGUAGCAUCCAUUCCACUUGAGGCUAAUGAGCGAGCGCUAGGUUGGCUGGCUGUGGUGCUGCAGCAAAAUGCUUCUCGUGUCGCGGGGUUCUCAAGCCCUUUUGCACAUAACCGUCAGCGGGCAACGAAGCAGGAUCAGCUGUGGCCCGACACUUUUCAGGCCCUGCCAAACCUGCAGUGGAUAGUCCCCCCGGUACUAUGCAGCGCAUUGGUACUGUUGGCAAAGUUAUGUGGUGCAGACUUUGGCUUUCGCUGCGAGUAUAUGUGGGCUUGGCGCGGUGACGGUGACGAUUACUAUCCAUACACCAAAAGUACGCGACGGCGGCUGACGGCGAUGUUCUUCGCUGCGGAGACGACAAGGAAAGUGCUUCAGACGCGCCAUAUUAUUGAUCUUCGUGCCAUGACAGACACUAGCGCUUUAACCCUUACGGUCUCCCGGAUCCAUUUUCAGCCUAUACCAAGUGUUGUUGUGUUCGAUGGCAAACUGGUAAUACCACCGGAGGCUAUCCAGCUCUCUGGCAAGGUCUCGACCCUGCUGCAGGAGGCACUGCGUGCUUUGUCUUUUGGCCACUCACAAACAUCGGCCUUGGCUCGCGCUAUUCGCCUGUACGUUAUCUGUAGUGUGCCUCCCACCAGCACGGAAGAUGUCGUCGCCGCAUUUCGCAGCCUCCCUGCUGAACAUAAGCGCUCGGUAGUGGAGGAGAUCUCUACUACACUGCUGCAGCGUGACAAGGGCUGGGCACCAGCGCUUCUGGAGGCGGGCGUUGCUGACGCUCUCACGGUGCUUCCAGCGACCACCGCCGCAAAAGAAGUCGCUACUACCGUGGCAAGACCAAAGCACAUUCCUCCUAUCGCCGAGCUCAUCCGGUCGGCGGGGAGCUCGCCGCAACUGACACCGGUUAAACUGACCAAACUUGCUGACCUACCAGGGUUUCUACGUCAUGCUUCUUCGUCAGAGCUACUAGCGUUCGUUGAAGAGUUGGAGAGCCUGAGAGUCUCGGAAAAAAAUAUUCGGAUCCUUUGCGCUGACAUCGAAAAGGACUCCCGACUUGCCGUGCAGGUUCGAUCUGCAGUGCACACCUACGUGCUGCGUGCCUUACAUCAGAUAAGUGUGGCCCAGCGAGAAGUAAAGGGUUUGAUGAACAAGGUGUGUGAUGCCUCUCAUAUUAUUAGUAUUUGUAGGUCGGAAGAAACCAAGGCAAAUCGUGCUCAAUGCCCCAAUGGACACCCACUUCUUGUACAUUUCAGUGUCAAGUGGCGUUGUGAUUCAUGCAUGACAUCAAAUGCAUUUGGAUCUCUUGCAUGUCGUGAAUGUAAUUAUGACUUGUGCUCAGACUGCAGUAAUGCGAAGUUAUCACGGAUGGAUGUUAGUGCGACAGCUGUCGUGGGAGACGUUAUCCGGGCCUGGCGCGAAUGCCUGGUGAAGGAGAACUCUGGUGAAGCGGCUUCGGACGGGAAAGCAGCACAGAGCGCCUUUCUCUUCACACCAAAAGGUGUUCUACCUGCUAGUCGCCCUGCCUCUACCCUUAUAGGCGAGGAUGUGCAUUUUUCAGAAACAAGUUGCCAUUGCUGUUGCAACAUCUCGGUUCCUUCCUUUAUUGCAGGCUCUGUUAAAGAUGUUACUGAAAUUGGUUAUCCACUGCAGCUGUUUCUUCGGACCUUUGGUAAGCAACAGCACCAGGGUGAUAUUGAACCAGCAAUUGUGAAUGCACUGGAGUCGUGUGGUGUGGAAAUAUUCGAGAAGGGUCUCGCUGGCAUCCCGGUGAGGGUGAGUCAUGUGCUUGAAGCAAUGUCUCCGUUCCUGUCAUUACCCUUCAAACGUGAUACAGCACACUUUCUUGCUGUUGGGUGCCGCCGGUUUGGUCUGUAUCAUUUGCAAGAUGUGAAUGCGACGGUGCGUGGUACAGUUGUAGGGGACAUAAGUAGUAAUGGGUUGGCGACUAAAGUCACGGUAAGUCGGGACACCGAGGUCAUGACACAGGCUCUGUUCAAAGCCUUCCUUCAGUACCCUACAUUACGCAACAAGGUUGAGUUUAACUUCGAGGGUGAGGAAGGUACUGGUGAGGGUCCCACACAGGAACUCUACGCCGAGUUGUCACAGCGCUACCGAGGCCUGACAACUCUCUGGCACAAGAAAGAUGACGGAUCGUAUGUGCCGUUUCCGACUCUUGAGCGAGUAUGUCUAGAGGAGUUCUUUGUUCUUGGUGCUUGUUGUGGACGGGCGUUUGCAGAUGGCUACACAAUGGAUGUGGAUCUCCUUCCUCUGGCGUGGCCAUUCAUUCGUUCACAAUCGCCUUCUGAGAAGGCAAAAUGGAAUCUUCUUACAGAGUUGGAACCUGUAUUGGCCCACUCCUAUGGCUGUAUGCUGAAUGCAACAGAUAUGGAACUUGAGCAGAUGGGUGUUGAGGAUGAAGAGAGUGGUACCUUGCUGACGAUGGCAACAGUAAAGGCAUACGUGACCCGGUGUGUGGAGGAACGUUUGGAGAAUGCUCUUAUGAACCUCCACUGGUUCGCACUCGGGAUUUCCAGUGUCAUUGACCUUGACGCCUUUUGGUUCCUGUCAGAUGAUGAGAUGAGUAUUGUUGUCUGUGGAGCGUCACGUGAGGACCCGGACGAGCGUCUCUUUGGUGAGGAGGAGUUGCGCACAGCUGUUAUGGAGGCGCACGGAUACACGCCUGGGUCGCGAGAGGUGGCGAUGCUGAUCUCUAUUGUUGGUGCAGAGUUCACUCGGGAGCAGCAGAAGUUUUUCAUUGAGUUCCUCACCGGCAGUUCGCGCCUACCGUUGAACGGGUUGGCGGGCCUUGGGCGGAAGAUCACUGUUGUGCGGAAGGAGAUGGAUGGAAAAGGGGAGCAGAUGUUGCCGUCGUGUAAUACGUGCUUCCUCUAUUUCAAGCUUCCCCCAUAUUCGUCGCAUGCGAUCAUGAAGUCACGACUUCUGACGGCAAUCACUGAAGGACGACGGAACUUCAGCUUGUCAUGA